UUUGCUGCCUUCGGUUCGUUACUAUUUAGCGCAGUUGAAGGGAAAAAUAAAGAUUUUGGUCCGUCUGUGAAAGACGCCAUUUUGACUGGACUCCGGCAACUCAAAGAAAAUGGACUUGAUGAUAAUGAAACAGAAUCCAAGAAUACGAAAGAAAUAUUAACAAAACUUACAAAAGAAGCCAAACGACUGUCAAAAAUUGGUUUGCUGUCUACUGAAGUAGCUAAGCGUCUAAAGGAACAAACUGGGUUGAGCCUGUCAGAGGUGACCUCUGAUACAAAAGUGCAAAGAUAUCUUCGCUCUGCGCUUUGUCCGAUGGAGAUAAAUUGCGACCAGUAUAAGGAUAGUGCUUACAGAUCAGCCGACGGAAGUUGUAACAGUUUAGAUUAUCCUUUAUGGGGCGCCGCCGUGACACCACAGCCUCGCUAUCAACCUGCACAAUAUGACGAUGAACUUAACUCCCCUAGAACGACAGGUAAAAAUGGCGACAAGCUUCCUAGCACGAGACUCAUCAGUAACAAACUUUUCCGUGCCCCAGGAGACUGUACGGAGACGGACCACGCCCGUACCCUGAUGGUGAUGGCCUGGGGACAGUUCAUUGAUCAUGAUAUUGUCGCUACACCCAUGACACAAGAUGACAGUUCCCCAAUCAUAUGUUGUGGAGAGAGUGCACAGAGCAGGCCAGAAUGUUUCACCAUACCUAUCCCUUCAGACGACCCUCAUUUUACACACUCCUGCAUGGAAUUCGUUAGAUCCGCGUCCGACCCAUGUCAAGCUGGUGCUCGAGAACAGACCAACGAAAAAACAUCAUUCAUUGACGCCGGGGUCGUGUACGGAGACUCGGUUGAAAAGUGGGCGGAGCUUGCGGACGCACAAACCGGAGGACUGCUAACGUCGGAGGGAGAACUUCUGCCCGCUGGAGGUGGUUCGUGUAAAUUGACCAAUAAAGACGACUUCUGCCCAAAAGCAGGUGAUAAACGGGCCAAUGUGGUUCCUUCUCUGGGGGUAACUCAUCUGAUGUUUGUCCGGGAACACAACCGGAUCGUACAGGAACUCCGGAAAGUCCGGCCGGAUUGGGACCCAGAUACUUUGUUCCAGGAGACGAGGAAGAUUAUCGGGGCCCUAUUCCAACAAAUUACAUACGGCGAAUUUUUACCCAGCAUUCUCCAAGAGCAAGACCUUGUCAAGUACAACCUGAAACUAAAAAGGAAGAGAUUUAGCUACAGCUAUGAUAGUAGUAUCAACCCGGCUACAAAAAAUGUCUUCAACGCGGCCGCUUUUCGGUUCGGUCAUUCACAGAUUCCGCCCACUAUGGCCUACGUUCUCCGUGACUUCAUGACUCGGUUACGUCCCCUUCCCAUGGAGUCUACGUUUAAGGAUCCUCACAUGUUGGUUACACAACAAGGGCGGCUGGUGCCUGACUUAGCGCGGUUCAUCAUUACCUCCAAUUCAAUGAAAACAGACAGCCAAUUUGAAGAAGCAGUGAGGGACCAUCUAUUUGAAGAGUCGGAAGGCAAAGGCUUAGAUCUCGGAGCUUUAAAUGUCCAAAGAGGAAGAGAUCACGGUCUUCCGUCGUAUAACGCCUGGCGGAAAUGGUGCGGACUUCCGGUGGCCACUUCUUUCCCCGAUCUACAAGACAUCAGUGAUAAUCACAAAAAUAUAUUAGCUGAAUUAUACAGUGACGUUGAGGAUAUCGAUGUAUACGCCGGCGGGAUAGCCGAAAUUCCACAAGAUGGCGCUAGUGUGGGUCCAGUGUUUUCUUGCAUCAUUGGACAACAAUUCAAGGACCUGAAGGACGGAGACAGAUAUUGGUACGAGAACAGAGGAGUGGAAGGUUUCAGCUCAGCUCAGCUGCAAGAAAUACGAAAAGUCAAACUGGCCAAGAUUAUGUGUGAGAACUUAGACGUUGACCCCAUUCAGCGCGACGUUUUCCACGUCCCUUCACCAAGUAACCCAUGGGAGACGUGCUCUUCGCUUCCUGGAAUUAAUUUCUCGGCCUGGAGAAGGAGAGGGAGAGGGAGAGGAAAGCCAUAGACAAUGCGACGACGACUAAAACAUAUAACUACAGCAGCUCCAUCUACAUACCACUGAAUUGGUGGAGGGAUAUAAUUCAAUUUUAGAUUGUAAAAAACAUAACGUAAGGUGAUGAGAAUUGUAUCUUUGUUUUAAUAUUUUUCAUAUAUCAAUGAGGAACUGGUUAUCGGUUUUAAUACAUUGCAUGUUUCCUUUUUUUUUUAUCUAAG